CUUCCGGUAGGCAUCUAGGCUUCUCGUGGGCUUCUCGGGCGUCAAAAUGUCGCUCGUGGCUGGGGUUAUUCGGCGGCUGGAUGAGACCGUGGUGAACCGCAUCGCAGCGGGAGAAGUUAUCCAGCGGCCUGCUAAUGCCAUCAAAGAGAUGAUUGAAAACUGUUUAGAUGCAAAGUCCACAAGUAUUCAAGUGGUCGUUAAAGAGGGAGGUCUAAAGUUAAUUCAGAUCCAAGACAAUGGCACUGGAAUCAGGAAAGAAGAUCUGGAAAUUGUGUGCGAGAGAUUCACAACAAGUAAACUGCAAUCCUUUGAGGAUUUAGCCACUAUUUCUACUUAUGGCUUUCGGGGUGAGGCUUUGGCCAGCAUAAGCCAUGUGGCUCACGUUACCAUUACAACCAAAACAGCUGAUGGAAAGUGUGCAUACAGAGCAAGUUACUCAGAUGGAAAGAUGAAAGCUUCUCCUAAACCAUGUGCAGGCAAUCAGGGGACCCAGAUCACGGUGGAGGACCUUUUUUAUAACAUAACCACAAGAAGGAAAGCUUUAAAAAAUCCAAGUGAAGAGUAUGGGAAAAUUUUGGAAGUUGUUGGCAGGUAUUCAAUACACAACUCAGGCGUUAGUUUCUCAGUUAAGAAACAAGGCGAGACAGUUGCUGACAUCAGAACACUAUCCAGUGCCACAAUUGUGGACAAUAUUCGCUCCAUCUUUGGAAAUGCUGUUAGCCGAGAACUGAUAGAAGUUGGAUGUGAGGAUAAAACCCUGGCUUUCAAAAUGAAUGGCUACAUAUCUAAUGCAAACUACUCAGUGAAGAAGUGCAUUUUCUUACUCUUCAUCAACCAUCGUCUGGUAGAAUCAACUUCAUUGAGAAAAGCCAUAGAAACGGUGUAUGCAGCAUAUUUGCCCAAAAACACACACCCAUUCCUAUACCUCAGUUUAGAAAUCAGCCCCCAGAAUGUGGAUGUCAAUGUGCACCCUACAAAACAUGAAGUUCACUUCCUGCAUGAGGAGAGCAUCCUGGAGCGGGUGCAGCAACACAUUGAGAGCAAGCUCCUGGGUGCCAACUCGUCCAGGAUGUACUUCACUCAGACUUUGCUACCAGGACUUGCCGGUUCCUCUGGGGAGAUAGUUAAAUCUACACCAGGUGUGACCCCCUCAUCUACUUCUGGAAGUGGUGACAAGGUCUAUGCUUAUCAGAUGGUCCGUACAGAUUCCCGGGAACAGAAGCUCGAUGCCUUUCUGCAGCCUGUGAGCAAGGCCCUGCCCAGUCAGCCCCAGGCUGUUGACCCAGGGGAUAAAACAGAUGGUUCUAGUUGCAAAGCUGGGCAGCAAGAUGAAGACAUGCUUGAAAUCCCAGCCCUUGGUGAAGUGGCUGCCAAGAGUCAGAACACAGAGGGGGAUGCAAACAAGGGUGCUUUAGAAACAGCAGAAAAGAGAGCACCCACUUCUAGCCCAGGCAACCCCAGAAAGAGACAUCGGGAAGACUCUGAUGUGGAAAUGAUGGAAAGUGGUUCCCAGAAGGAAAUGACAGCAGCUUGUACCCCUCGGAGAAGGAUCAUUAACCUCACUAGUGUUUUGAGUCUCCAGGAAGAAAUUAAUGAGCGGCGACAUGAGACUCUCCGGGAGAUGCUCCAAAACCACUCCUUUGUGGGCUGUGUGAAUCCUCAGUGGGCCUUGGCCCAGCAUCAGACCAAGUUGUAUCUUCUCAACACCACCAAGCUUAGUGAAGAACUGUUCUACCAGAUACUCAUUUAUGACUUUGCCAAUUUUGGUGUUCUAAGGUUAUCGGAGCCAGCACCACUCUUUGACCUUGCCAUGCUUGCCUUAGGAAGUCCUGAGAGUGGCUGGACUGAGGAAGAUGGUCCCAAAGAAGGACUUGCUGAAUACAUAGUUGAGUUUCUGAAAAAGAAAGCUGAAAUGCUGGCAGACUAUUUCUCUUUGGAAAUUGAUGAGGAAGGGAACCUGAUUGGAUUACCCCUUCUGAUUGACAACUAUGUGCCCCCUUUGGAAGGAUUGCCUAUCUUUAUUCUUCGACUAGCCACAGAGGUAAAUUGGGAUGAAGAAAAGGAAUGUUUUGAAAGCCUCAGUAAAGAAUGUGCUAUGUUUUACUCCAUCCGGAAGCAGUAUGUAUCAGAGGAGUCGACCCUCUCAAGCCAGCAGGAAUCCCAAAAGAAGUCUGAAAGCCAUUGCAAAUCUGAUAGUGCUCUUCAGGGACCAUUAAGAAUUCUGAAAAGAUCUUGAAGGUUUCCUAGAUCAUUCUCUGAUUCUUCCUGUAUUCUGGUAAAUUUCUAUUAAGUGCUAUAUAUGUGUGUGUGUCAGUCCAGAUGCCUAUUAAAAGAAGACUUGAACAAGUAAAAGACUGUUAACAUCAGCUAUUGAGAAAGGCUGAAUUAAGAAUCUGUAUCCCGGGCUGGAGAUUUAGCUCAGUGGUUUUGCCUCCUGCUGCACAAGCACAGGGACCCAAGUUCGAUCCCUGGUACCAGAAAAACAAACAAACCAAACAAACCAAAAAAAAGAAUCUGUAUCCCUUCGAUCUCUGGUUCCCAAAAACAGAAGAAUCUGUAUCUUCAGUAACCAAAGCUAAUUUAUUAAGACAAAAACUUGAGGGAAGAAAAUAGUCCUAAUCCAUUCUCUUACUGGUAUAAACGUUUUGAGUUGGUCUACUCUCUUAAUGGCUAUGACUACUAGCCACUUAAGAAAUUUCUAGGCAUUCUUGUUUGAAGAAUAAUGUAAAAGUAUAUAUUUAAACUCCUAAGUGCCAAAAUAUGCCACCUUAAUAUUAACCUACAUUGAUAGAAAUAGAGCCUUCAGCACAGGAAGACUGCCUGAAGUUUUAAUAUAAAAUACAGGUACAGUGGUUUCUUAGUUCACAAACUUAGUUCUUUCUACAAUUUAGUCGGAAACUGAAUUGUGUGACAAAUUCACUGGUUAGGCGCAGUGUUGACAUUAUGGGGAAAUCUGAUUCAGUUCUCAUCCAAUUUGGUUUGCAACUAGAUGUAUGGAAAGAAUUAAGUUCAUGAACUGAAGUACCACUGUAAGAGGACUCAAUAAAGUUCUGUAGAAAAGAACAAAAUAUGAAGCCGUUUCAUAUGAAAGACUGGGACAACAGAAUGGAAGCAACACAUUUGUCAUGCUAUAAAAAAGGCAAGAUCAGUUUCUGGCAGUUAAAACUCUGAACAGCAGACUGGGGCAUUUCAGAAAUGAGGCUCCAUGAGCCCAGGGGGUGCACAGGCAAGUGACCUUGAGUGUGGUUUCCCAGGGGAGAGAUGGACCACACUGUGUUAAUUCCAGUUGGGGGACGGGAGGGUAAAUCUUCAUUUUCAGAACAUCCUCUCACCCACCACCAGCCACGCAACUGUUCUCAUGAUUAGAAAAUUUUCAGGAAGUCAGUUCACUUCAAGAGAUUGGUUUCCAUAUCUUUUAAAUGAAGGGCUAAUUACUCUAAAGAAGGGAACAAUUAUUGAAGAUUUAUUCACUUCUGAGUUUAUUAUCUAGUUUCAAGUCUAGUUUUAUUAUCUUAAAUGGCCUUAAUUCAUUAAAGUUUUCCCCAAUAUAUUUUGUCUAAGCAUUUGAAGCUACAUAAUCAUUUCCAUAAAACCACCUUGAUUCUGACAGCAGAAGAACAUCACAAACCCUGCAAAGUGGAUAUAUUUAUAACUUGAUGAUUAAAAACAAAACUAACUUCAAGUUGGGUGCCUUUAGAUGAAAAGUUCUUAGAAGAAAAAAUUCUAUAUUCUAUAUUAUUUUUCCUUCAGAGAGAAAAGAGCAGCAAGACAGGAGGGAUAUAGUUACCAUGAUUUGCUUUUAAAGGCUCCUGUAUCAAAAUAAAUGUCAGCAGCCAAUCAUGGUUGGCAAAAGUGUGUUUAAUAGAAUCUUCAGGCAGAUUUCCUACCUGCCUGCCCUGCCCCUCCCUCCACCUUAGGGCCGUAAGAUGUCUGAGGUUUCAUUUCACAAAUAAGCAGCAGAUGAAAAUACUUUACAAGGUACAGCACAGUGGAUAUGGAAGACUAAGGACCCGACUCUUGCUUUAAGAGUAAAAAGUCUUGGACUUCCCUGCCCCAUGCAGUGAAGCAAGUUUUAUAUACACUGCCCAUGUAUUCUAACAUUUUCUUAUAUAAAUUUAAAUAUUUUACAAAACAAGGUUUUUUUCUCGCCAAACAAAUUUGAGUGAAAUGCAGAUUCUCAACCUGUGAAGUUGUUUUCUUCACUAAAAUAUAAAUGCUGAUAGGAAGGGUAAAUGUCUGUUGCCCACUGGAGGUCACUGAAGUCUGCACCGCACUGUGCAGAAGGCACUUGUGUUUUCUGAGGUCUCCAGCAAGUGUCUCAGUGAGCACUCAGAAUUGCUGUUCUCCAGACCCCAGCCAAGGCCUCCGAGUGCCCAAUCACUGAGGCAUCUG